AUGAAUAUGAAUAAUUCAAUAACGAACAUUGUUGAUCUACCUGACGAAGUAUUGCUUUCUAUCUUCAAAAAACUUAAUAAUAUUGAUAUGUUAUACUCUCUUGUGGGAAUUAAUCAAAAACUCGAGAAUGUGGCAUGUGAUAUUACGUUCACUCGAGCUGUCGAUCUCAUAACAAUAUCAUCAAAUGAAUUAAAUAAUUCGAAAAGUAAUGCAAUACUUGAUCGAUUUUGCUUGCAGAUAUUAUCUCGAAUUCAUAACAACGUAGAAUGUCUUGCUGUUCAAGCGCCCAUUUUUCAACGUGUUCUUCAUGCUAGUAGUUAUCCUAACUUACGCAAGCUCAUUCUCGUCCAAAUGGAUCUCAAUAUUGCUUCUCAUAUCUUUAAAGGUAUGUUACUUGAUCUCUUAAUGUCCAAGAAAUAA